UCCAGAGCCUUCAGCCAGGAAGAAAGAUGUCAGAUGAAGAUGACCUGGAGGAUUUUGAGGCAGACCAGGAUGACUUUGAAAAAGAAGAUGACGAAAAGGAGACAGAGGAGGGAGAGGACUACAGGAAAGAGGGGGAAGACUUAUCUGAGGAUUGGAUGCCCAACUCCCUCACAGAGGACUUGAUGAAGGAAGGGCUUUCUUUGCUCUGUAAGACUGGCAAUGGACUGGCUCAUGCUUAUGUCAAGUUGGAGGUCAAAGACAGGGAUCUGACAGACAUCUACUUGCUGCGUUCCUAUGUCCAUCUGCGCUAUGUGGAUGUUUCUGAGAACCACCUGACAGACUUGUCCCCACUCAAUUACCUCACCCACUUGCUCUGGCUCAAGGCUGAUGGCAACCGGCUGCGGAGUGCCCGGCUUGAUGAACUGCCCUACCUACAGAUUGCCAGUUUUGCUUAUAACCAGAUCACUGACACUGAGGGCAUCUCUCAUCCUCGUCUGGGUAGCCUGGAUCUCAAAGGGAACCGCAUCCGUAUGGUGACAGGUCUGGAUCCCCAAAAGCUGAACAGCCUGCACACACUGGAGCUUCGGCGGAACCAGCUGGACAGCACCCUGGGGAUCAACCUCCCCAAGCUGAAGAAUCUCUUCCUGGCCCAGAACAUGCUGAAGAGAGUGGAAGGCCUGGAGAACCUAAGCAAUCUCACCACCUUGCAUCUUCGAGAUAACCAGAUUGAAACCCUGAGUGGCUUUUCCCGGGAAAUGAAAUCACUGCAGUACCUCAACCUGAGGGGCAAUAUGGUGACUGACCUGGGGGAACUGAGCAAGCUUCGGGACCUGCCCAAACUGCGGGCCCUGGUGCUGCUGGAAAAUCCGUGCACAGAUGAGAGCGAUUACCGCCAGGAGGCUCUGGUGCAGAUGGCGCAUCUUGAACGGUUGGACAAGGACUUCUAUGAGGAGGAGGAACGGGCUGAGGCUGAGGAAAUCCGUCAGAGGAUGAAGGAGGACCAGGAGCAUGAGGCUGAGCCUGACCAUGAGGAGGACCUGGACCAGUCAACAAACUAAAAGCAGUUCUAGCCUUUGAAGAU